AUGCUUUGGCCACCACAGGUUACAGACUUGCACCCACACCCAGCUGUCUACCUAGGAGACUUUAAUAGCCACCACCAGGAAUGGAAAUAUAGCAAAAACGACGAAAAUGGAGAUACUCUGGUGGGUUGGGCAGAGAGAAACCAACUUUUUCACGUUUUUGAUGCUAAAGCCAAGGGCACCUACAGGUCCGUUGCGUGGAAGCAGGAAUACACCCCUGAUUUGUGCUUUGUGACAAGAGACCAGUACCAUAAACCUGUACCAACUAGAAGAAAAGUGCUCGACAACUUCCCUCAUAGCCAGCACAGACCCAUUAUUUACGAAAUAGGUAUCCAAGUUCCACUAAUCACAUCUGUCCCUCGACCACGCUGGAAUUUUGGCAGAGCUAACUGGACCUCCUUUGCCAUUGAGCUUGACAAGUGCCUCCGCUGGAUUCCGCCGACGCACAAAAAUUACGAUAGGUUCAUUGGUGCCGUCAUCUCUUCUGCUAAGAAACAUGUUCCAAGGGGCUAUCGCAAAGAGUACGUUCCUGGUUGGAACGAAAAUAGCGACCGUCUCUACCAACAAUUCCUUGACAGCGGCGACGGUGAGAUAGCAGAUGAACUCCUCCACAGCCUGGACAAAGCUAGGAGGGAUAAAUGGACAAGCACAGUCGAGUCACUGGACUUCAAAAAAUCGAGCCGCAAAGCGUCUCUUUUAAGAAAACUAGGAGAUGACGGCCCAACUGCCCGCCCUAACACUGAUAUCCACCCAAAUAAAGUCGCCUCCCACAUAGUCAAUACUUCAAGGGGGAAAAGCAUCAAGCAAUUCACGACUAACAUUAACAAGCAGCUGAAGCACCUAAAACUGACCAGCCCGGAAGAAUCAACAUUCUCCUGCCCCUUUACUAUAGAGGAAGUGAACACAGCAAUCAAAGACACAAAGAGCGGCAAAGCACCUGGACUGGAUGGCGUCCACCCAGAGUUCUUGAUACACUGUGGAAAGUCAGCAAGAACAUGGUUGUCGAAUUUUUACACCAGUAUAUUACAAUCAGGACAAAUUCCAAAAAAGCUGAAACAAACCAACAUAAUUGCAAUCCUAAAGCCUGGAAAAGCUGCCGACAAGCCAGAAAGCUACCGCCCGAUUGCACUGCUGAAUGCAAUAUAUUAA